GAUUAUUGGGUUAUUUUUCGAUAACGCCAUCGGAUCUAUGUUUCUCUCCACACCAUCGGUCCAAAACAUGCAGAUUCGAGAGUGUUCCCUAUUGUUAUUAAUGUUAAUAGUUACCAAUAUUGUAAAACGUUAAUCAAGCAACGAAUGCUUUGUAGCAACGCGAAAAUAUAUACCAGUACUGCUGAUGGGCGUGUAGCGUGGCGUCGAGUCGCGGUAGACUAUGAACACCGCUACCAAGAAACACGUGCCAAAUAAAUCCAUAAAAUCCCCCAGGUUAGAUAUCAGCAGGCAGUUAAUGAACCAAGUCGAGAUAUAUUUGCUGGCCGGAGUUACGUGUUUUACUACUAAGGAUUUGUUUACUGCGUUUCGGUUGGAUUGUAGAACAACAUGUGCUUUCCUUAACAUAUAAAGUUUUACGGCUACAAAAAUAUUUAGUUUGGCACAAGACUUCAUGGCAUCUCUUGAUCAGGUAUGUAAAUGACUUAACAUUACAGUUAAACGAACCAAGUGCUUGAACGUCAGUUACAAAGUUAACAUUAGCUGACCUUGCCUCGAAAAUUGCUCAUCCUUAUUUUAAAUGAUUGUUAACACUAUGAAACAUUCGUUGCUUGUGCUGAUAAUUCCCAACUCAGACUUUAGUAAUGUGAACUAUAAUCUUCUUUCUGUCUCUCUACCUAUAGUAAAAUGACUGGUUUGGUGGUUGAAGAUUCAUUAAUGUUAGCCCCGGCACCAUCGGUAAAACCAACUUCGUCAUCGAUUUUAAAUCUUUUCAAAAUGAUUCGAAUUUGCGAACCAGCUUUCGUAAAAAACACAGUUUAUUGUAAAAUGUACGCAUUCCAAGCAGCCGCUGUCAAAAGUUUUCGUGCUUUAUGGUCAGUUCGCCGGGCAUUCAAAUCUUUUGACAGGAAACGUUUCGAAUUUUAUAUUCCAUAUAUGUUAGACCACAUUUAGGGUACUGUAUCCAAGCAGCUAGCCCGUGUCUGGUAAAGGAUACUAACUCCCUUGAGCGUGUCCAGCGUAUGGGAACGAAAUUAGUGAAGGGUCUUUCUAGACUCCCUUAUGAUGAGCGUUUAAAACGCCUAAAUCUUUUCCUCUUGUCGUGUCGUAGGAUACGUGGUGACCUUAUACUGGCAUUUCGUAUCUUUAAUUAUGAUUUGGGUGUUAAUAUGUCUUAUCUUUUUGCUCCCUCCAGCACUAAUAAUCUCCGAGGUCAUAGCAAGAAGGUUCAUAAACCACGAUCUAUUAAACUUAAAGUGGGGUCCUGUUUUACUCAUCGAGUAGUCAAUCAUUGGAACGCCUUACCCGAACAAGUGGUAUCAGCCCCAUCAGUGAAUACUUUUAAGGAAAAGCUGGACCUUCACUGGAAAGCAAUGUGUCAGGAUUAAUACAGGUUCACCAACCUACUAUCCUCAUUACUGAAGACUGAAGACUGAAUAGAUCACAUCGCGUAAUUAUGUGCACAGAUACCAAACCCUGACUACAAUGAUGUGCAUGAGUUAUCCAGUUGUGAAUAUGACGUUGAGUGUAUGCGCAUCAACUGUUUGCGAACUGAAAAACAUGAAUUCUGUGUAGGUUGUCCAUCAUCGGGUUUCAAUAAAUUUGGAAUUCGUUUUACUGAAUACCAUACAUUUUGACUGAAGCAAAAUAUUACUCAUGUAUGACUAAUUUCAUGAUGAAGCAGCUGUUCAUAGAAUGAAAACUUUUAAUGGCAAUGUAUGUUUACUGUGGCCUCAAACAGCAAAAAACGUCCAUCCGCUUCUGAUAGCAUAACAUUCGUCGCUCUCGUAAUUUGUCCGACUAUCGAGUCAAUGGUGAAGUCGUGUUUCAUAUCUCGAACUGAUGAUAAAUUUGGUAUCUAGAAGUGCUGUGGUUGAUCACUAACCUGCCACAAAUCUUCAAAAAACAAGAGAUUUCCAUGCAAAUCUGACGUCAGUAGUUAUCCAUCAGGAAAUUGUCUCACUGAUAAUAAUGUUAUCCCACAAUUUAGUCCAGUAAUCUGACAUAACAAGGAUUUUAGCAGACGUUACGGCCGUAAAAAUAAAGUUUUGGUGACUAAAAUAACUCAACACUAUUAAAGACAAUAUGCCAAGCCUAACCAAAAACUGAAGCGUUACUUGUUACACAUAUCGCAUAAACAUGCAGUUCUUUUAAUGCUCUGUUGUAUUUGAAUACUCAGGGUCGUUUGCCAAGUUGGAAAUUGGUUGUAUGUCGGUGGCUUCAUGGCAAUGCCUGUUCGACAUUGGAAAAACUCAGCCGGAGACGAGGUAGAAUUUGAGGUGGAAGAUAUACUAGAUAUGCGUACAAUCAAUGGAGAACCAGAGUACUUAAUCAAAUGGAAAGGACAUUCUCCUUCAAAAAAUACUUGGGAACCACAGUCCAACUUAAAUUGUCCAGUACUGCUCAGGCGUUUCCUCGAUAAACACGCAGCCAUUGAGCCAACAGUAGCUACUAUUCCUGAAGGCUCUGAACCGUACGGGUUUGAUCGUGGGCUGGCACCUGACUUUAUCAAUAUGGUUACGAAAAAGGACAAUGAACUGUAUUUCCUGAUCAAAUGGAAAGGAAGUCAAGUCCGUGAUGUAGUACCUGCUGCUCAAGCAAACAUUCGGUGUCCACAAAUUGUUAUCAAAUUCUACGAAAGCAUUUUGCAUUUUACUUGAACUAUCUGACCUAAUCAACUCUGUUUUUAUCAAAGAUUCAGUGAACGUUGAUUUCUAUUGUGUUAUAUUUUUGAAAAAUAAUCAGAUAAAUUGUUGUAUACAAUUAAA